AUGGAUACAUUUGAUUAUACAGUACCUGUUUGUAAUGAUAAUCCAUGUUAUGAUGAUGAUCUUAUUCUUGGCAUAUGGGAUUCUGUUGUGAAUAGUAUUUUAUCAACAUUUAUCAUAUGUAUAUUUAGUGUCAUUAUUCUCAUUCGCGUUCAUUAUCAUAAACGACGUAUUGUUAAUAUACGUAACCAAUGGCGUCAACAACGUAAAAUGGUAAUUCAAUUAAUUUUUAAUUCUAUUCUAUAUCUUAUACCUAAUAUUCCAUUGAAUCUUUUAAUGUUGGCUCAUCUUUGUGGUCUACCAGCAGACGUAGGUAUUGCAGCUCAAUUGGAUUUUGAUUUUUUAUGUUACUUUGCAAUAUUUCUAUAUCCUUUGGUAUGUCUUGGUUUUAUAUCUGAGCUACGAAAGAAAAUACAAUGGAAAAGAUUAUUUUGGUUACUACGACCACAACAAAAUUCUAUUGUUGCACCUCAAUAA